AUGUCUGUUCCCGGGCUGCGACAUGACGGAGAAAACCGUACAAAUAAAUUGCUUUCAGUGUCAGGGCGAAAUGAUGCACAGACUGUUGGAUCGGAUAUUGAAUAUGAUUUUGUGUGUGACCCCUGUGAGGAGGAAGGGCAUCGUUUUGAAGCAUAUGGUUUUUGUUCCGAUUGCAACCAUUAUCUUUGUGAGACAUGUUAUACUGCACACCGUCGUCCUAUUCCAAUGAGGAACCAUAAGCUGCUUGAUAAAAAUGAUAUGCCGAAAGUUCGACCAAAGCCCACUUCUGUGAAUAACGAAGUCAUAGAAGAAAAAUGCGACGUUCAUGUUGGCAAAUUCGUCGAAUUCUACUGUGGGAAUCACGAUACAAUUGGAUGUUCAGUGUGCAUGACUCUGGAACAUAAAUCUUGCGACAGCGUUCAGUUUGUACCUGAUAUGAAGGUAGACAACGACAAAUUUGAUGAAAUUAUGAAACAGUUGACAGCCAUGAGUAGCAAUGCAAAAGCUGCCCAAGUCAGUGCCAAAGAACGCGUUUUGCAAACUAAUGACAGUUUUGAUAAUGUUCUACAAGAAGGCAAACGAUUCUGCAAAAUGUCGAAAGAUUUCAUAGAAAGUCUUGAAAAGAAUUUCGAGAAAACAGCACAAAUUGAACGUGAAAAGGUAAUUGAAGAAGUUGAAUCCACCAUUGACAGCUUAGAGAAAACCGCUCAGCAUGCUGAAUCUUUAAGUAAGGAACUGAUUAGCUACAGGUCCCUUAAAAAAGAUGCAAAUUUAUUCAUCGCUGUCAAAAAAGCUGAGAAAGGCAUUGAAUGUUCUUCCCUUGAAGAUAUUUUAUGUGCUUCUAAGGGUAGUAAUACAGGUUAUGUGUUUAUACCGGAUAAAGUAUUAUAUGCUUUACUACAAAAAAUACAUUGCAUAGGUAUUGUCGAGCCAACAUCAAAACAAACAACAGCAGAGCCAUCGGCCUCUAUCAAAUUCGUAACAUGUAGCGAGGAAUUUUCAGCCCAUGCUAAGGAUGACACAUCUGAUUGCAUUAUUGCAGGGAUUUCGAACAUUUAUGAACCUGUAAGAAACAUAAUUGCUGAUGCCGGGAAUAAUAAAAUCAAGGUAAUAAAAGGAUGUUCAAACGCGAUCACUGCGUCUCUGAAACUUUCAGCCAAACCGCAUGCCAUGACAGAGCUUGACCUCAACAAAGUCUGUGUAACUAUUCCAGAAGAAAAGAAAAUCCUUGUCAUUAGCGUUUCCAAACUGUUCCGAAAGGAUACGAUAAAGAUUGCAAAGUCACUAGAAUGCAGGGGCAAAUGUUACGGAGUAGCAACAUAUGGCAGUGCUAUAUAUGUAACAUGUGAAUACGAUGAUGGUCGUUUUGCGAUAAAUUACAUGAAUACAAAAGGCCAAACAGUCAAUCUGAUCAAGUGCAGUGACAAUGAGCCCAUGUAUAUCGCAGUACGAAAAGAUCACCUGUACACGCUUGAUACAAAACAUACCCGUCUAAAGAGUUUGUCUCAAUUUGACGGCUCGACGAUUAAUGAGCUCAAAAUUAAAAACGUAACACACUUUACAGUGACUGACAACUUCUUGAUAGUUGUCGUAGAUUUACCACAGGGCCUUCGUGCAUUUGACUAUGAUUUACAGGAGAUACAUGCUGAAGGAAGCAUUACUGAAGGUAAAAUAGCGCCUAUUUGUAUAGGAAAUUAUGGUUGGAAGAAUUGGCUUUAUGCUGGAUAUAAUAACGGACAGAUCAAAAAAGUUGCACCUUACUUAUAA